GCCCUACGGCAGAGAAAAAUAGGAGCACUCUUCCACUUCAAGACUGCUGUUCAUCAUGUGAAGACAGGAACUACACAAAACUGGGAAGGCAGUUCAUUUUAGCCUUUGUGAUCUAUUUUCUCAGUUUUUUUCUGGGUUUGCUGGACUGUACACUGGACUGUUUAUUGAAUUACACCAAGUCCAACUUUUUGACAACAAGAUACCUUAAAGGGCUUCCAAAUGGAGAGAAAAACGUCAACUUUAAGGUCUGUGAUUGAGAAACAUCGUCCAAAGAAGGAGGAUUUGGACCCCCGAAAUUGGAUGAAACAGGAUGCUGUGAAGGGGUUUACUGAUUUCAUGAUGAACAAGAACUCGGACGACGAUACAGACGACAGCUUUGACACCAAAGAGAUGUUGCUUCAGGCAGAGAAGCAGUUUAUGGAAGCAGCCAAGAGAAAUGAUGUGGAGACCAUGAAGACUCUGGGAAAAGGCCUGAAUGCCAAUGCGAAGAAUGUGAAUGACAGGACUGCCCUUCACUAUGCAGUGGCUGGCAGAAAUACAGAAGCUGUGCAGCUUCUUUUACAGCGCAGAGUCAAGGUGGACCAAAAGGACAAGUAUGGUGUGGCAGCCAUUCAUCUGGCUGCCUGGUUUGGCAGUUUGGAGAUCAUGAAAUUAUUAGUCAAGGCAGGGGCUGAGCAGAAGGUUGAGAAUGAGGAAGGUCUGAACAUCUUGCACUGUGCUGCUACCAACAACCACACAGAAAUUGUAGAGUACAUUGUUAAUGAUCUGCAGAUGCGAGAACUAGAUAAAGAUGACCAGUCAGAACACCGGGCCUUUGCAUUGGCGGCAAAGCAUGGUUGUGUUGAAAUGUUGGAACUGUUAAUGGAUCCAUACGAUAUGGCCACAAUGAAGCCCAACAAGAGCGGAGACACGCCCCUGCACUUAGCUGCCAGGAACGGCCACUUGGAUGUCAUCCAACUACUGCUGCAGAGCUUUGAUACUCGGGAUGAUGUCAAUAUGGAUGGCGAGACAGCUCUGUAUCAGGCUGCCGAUAAUGGUCAUGAAGGAUGUGUCCAUGUCCUGCUGGAUGCUGGCUGUGAUCCCAACAUCCUUACAACGGCCAAAUGCAGUGCCCUCCAUCCAGUUUCAGAAAGAGGGGACACCUCUCUUGUACAACUUCUGCUAGAGUACAAAGCCCAUACAGACUUCAAGGAUCAGCACCAGGAGGCACCUCUCCACCUGGCAGUUAAGCACAGUCACAUCCCCAUCAUCCAUUCUCUGCUGGAUGCGGGCUGCGACAUUAAUGUUACAGAUAAGAGGUCCCAGACUGCACUGCAUAUUGCUGCAGAGCUUGCCAGAAUAGAAGUGGUGGAAAUGCUUCUUAAGGCGGGGCUGGAUCUAACACUCAAGGACAGGCAGAGUAAGACAGCUCUGGGUGUAGCAGUCAGAGCAGACGAGGUGAUCAUUGUGGACAUGAUCAUCAAAGCAGAAAGAUACCACGCCUGGAGGAAGGCCAACCCUGAGCUUAAUGAGAGUGUUCACAGCGAGUAUCCGUUAACUUUUAAACUCGACCACCGCUCUGAGACCAAGCAGCUCCGAAUGAUGGCAUGGCGUCUGGCGUAUGAGCUUCUGAAACCAGGAGACUGGAAGCGGCUGGCAGAGCACUGGGGCUUCACUAAGGAGCAAGUGUUGGCCAUCGAGCAGCAGUGGACAGGACAUCACAGCUACCACGAGCACGGGAACAGGAUGAUGCUGAUCUGGCUCCACAGGGAGGAGUUGAAUCAGGAGAGCGCUGCCAAAGAACUGUACCAGGGCCUCAUCCACAUAGGAAACAGGAAAGCAGCAAAUAAGAUUCGCAUGGAGGCAGAAAGUACCAGCGGCAAGGGCUGCAGCAUUUCAUGAGACUAAAACACCAUAUGGACUCAUAAGAUUUGACCCUAUGCUAAUAUAUUGUUCAUCAACAACUGAAAUAUACAAAAGUCAACAUAAAAAUAAUUUAUUUCAAAAUUCAAA